UCUCCAUCGCACCGCGCCACGGUCGGACCUGAAUCCCACGAGCGCGCGUAUACACAUACACACAUACACACUGGUGCGCUCACACACACCCACACGGGCACACACGGCUCCGCGCGCGGGCGCGCGCACCCCUGCGUGUGCGGGCACACGGUCGCGUCCGCGCGAGUUCGCUAGGUCGCCGCGGCUAUGAGCGAAUCGCGCCCGCACCUUCACCGGGCGUCUCGACGCUCGAUCGCCGCUCGUCGAUGAUAAGCGGUACGCGCGCGUGUAAACGCGACGUGCUCUCGUACCCGCUCCACGCGAGUGUCGGGGGGGUUGUUCACGGUGAACAGUGACACGUACGAGUGAUAACGAAAGGACGACGACCGAAGCGGGUCGAGUGCCGAGUGCGACACGGAGAUAUCGACGGGCGAUCGACAUUCCGGAGAAUUCUAAGCAGCAGGCGCAGAUCGCGAAAAAUACCGAGAAAACAAGCAGUUAUAGUAGAAGCUACGAACUACAACGAGCGAGGGACAAUUAAGAGCGACAAGUGGCGAGUGACCGUAAAGGAGGAGGCAGUGGUAGCGGACAGACAGCUCCGCGAGCGCGGAGCGCAGUAGUAGCGGACGUCGCGUGUCAGACCGCAUUUCGUGUCCGGACUCGCGGUGCGCUUGGUGCGCUUCGCGAUCGACGUCGGUUGACCGACCGGCUGACGGCUGAUUUCGGUGGAUCAGCUGGUAGCAUCGGGGUGGUACGGACGCGCCGGCGGCUCGUCGGUCGGCGUGUAGCUUGCUUAUCGCGACAUGUAUCCGCGCGAACAUGCGAGCGUGCUUAAUCCACGCAGCACGUACGCGUAACCAGCGCGGUUCACCACCGAGGAUUCAAUUAAGCCUGCCGCGCGGAAGGUCAAGUGCGCCAUGCGAGCGAGACGGGGGGCUGGGGGGCCCGAAUUUUAAUUAAAACCUGCCCGCAGGAUUCCCGUUAUUAUCGCGCGCCCGCUUUUCGCGCGUAAUUCGGGGUUAAUUAGCCGCGAGAGUAGCGGCGACCACCAGGUGAAAGGCUGAUUUAGGGGGACGCGAUCGCCGCUGGCGGUAGCUCCGUAACGUGCGAGCGUAAUAUCGCGCGGCGCGAUUCUGUGCGACGCGUCGCGAGCUCGUCGAGCCCGCUCUCGUCGUCAUGGACGAGGUUCCCCGUCGGUCGACUAUCUCCCGUGGUGAUCGCGACGGUUCCUAACCGGCGGCACUCGCGACCGUCUCGAGUGCUCGUCGAGUGCCAGUGACGAAGAUUGUGUAGUCGCGUGAGGAGACACAUUGCUUCAGAAGCGAGGGACAGGCAAGAAAAGCGAGCGCGGUUUUUUGAGAGCGGGAGUUUUAGACUCGACGCGCUUCCGGUGACGAUGUCGGUCUAGGACGACUCUCGACGACUCGCGAUAGGCUCCAACGCACGGCAGUAGUGUAUUAUGUGAGGAGAAAGCUGCUACGAGGGAAACGAACAUGUCCGCCGCCAACGUGGUCGCUUGGCUGCUCGGCGCCGUCGCUCUGGCUGCAAUUAAUAAUGAAGUGCACUGCCACAACAUGCCACACGGCGGCAGCGGCAAGAGCAGCGACACAUACAACAACCAGAACGCUCUGGAGGAGCCCGCGCGCUCGGGGCCGUAUUUCGACAAAUCGGCCUCGAAGAACGUGACCGCCUUGCUGGGGAAGACCACGUACCUCAACUGCCGCGUCAAAAAUUUGGGGAACAAAACGAUGACGCUACAAGUAUCAUGGGUCCGGCACAGGGACGUCCAUUUGCUCACGAUUGGCCGUUACACGUAUACGAACGACCAGCGAUUUCGAGCGAUCCACAACGCCCAUUCGGACGACUGGACGCUUCAAAUCAAGUACCCGCAACACCGAGACAGCGGUAUUUACGAGUGCCAGGUCUCCACGACGCCUCACAUGAGUCAUCUAGUCCAUUUAAACGUAAUCGAGCCGAAAACGGAGAUUCUGGGUGCACCGGACCUGUUCAUCAAUCGUGGUAGCACCAUCAAUCUCACGUGCGUCGUCCUGCAGAGUCCAGAGCCGCCCGCCUACAUUUUCUGGAAUCACAACGAUGCGAUAAUCAGCUACGACUCGACCAGAGGUGGCGUCUCCGUGGUCACGGAGAAGGGUGACAGCACGACGAGUUUCCUCCUGGUGCAAGAAGCGAAACCGUCGGACUCGGGACGGUACACUUGUAACCCCAGUAAUGCUCAACCGAAAUCGAUCACCGUACACGUACUCAACGGAGAGUAUCCCGCGGCAAUGCAGCACGGCGGUCAAGCCAAGCAACCGAGGCUGUACUCCCUUCUGCUCUGCCUGUGUCUGCUACUUUACUAAUUACUCCAUUCCAUCGCGCGCAUUUUCGCGAAGAAGAAGAGAAAGAAGAGGAAGAAGAGAAGUCAGAGAGCACUUUCGAGCUAGGAAAAAAACAGAGAGAGAGAGAGAGAGAGGACGAAUGAGAGAAAGAGAGAAGAUGACUGAGAGAAAGAGAGAGAGUGUGUGUGUGUGUGUGCGAGUGUGCGUACGCUGAGUGGAAGAGAACGAGAGAGGGUAUAUUUCCGUCACGAAUUGAGUGAACGUUGCCGAAGCAAUCACGGCAGCCACUAUCUACCAAGUAUCUACAUGCGACGAUACGAAUCUGGUCGGAGGGGUUGGGGGAGGGAGGCUUUUGACUGCGCACCGGAACGGUAACUCUUUCGCAACGACGCGCCGUUUGUCGAUGCAACGGAACCGACGAACGAAGCGGGGGAUACGAAGGGAUAGCGCGUCGACGACGACGACAUGGCUGUUGAUGACGCUUUUAGCAAGAGCGCGCGAUUCGGAGUCGCGGAUGCGCGAUGACACGCACAAGCGAGUCGCACAAGGGUGCAACGCGCGCAAUGCAGCCAACGAAGAUCGUCGAUCGGUUUCGUUAACGACGGAGUAUUAUUUAUUUGCGAAUAAUAAAUUUAUUCGCGAGUACAGCUUCGCUGCUGAUUGAAGAAAGGACGUUCAUUCGAUAAAUGAAGUACAGAUGGAUAAUUUAAUGUUAAUGAAACUGAACGGAGAAUAAUUAAACUACGUGAGAUGCGAGCGAGAGGUAAUGAAGAUGAAAAGAAUACGAUACUCAGGAUGUUGCAGAAGCCGCGCGUAUUAUAUUCUGUACAAUUUUUCAAUUGUCAUUUUAAUAUUCUGUCCGUGUCUUUAAUUAAGAUUCUUACAAAAAGUAGCAAAAGUAACUUUUCUUAUUUACUCGCGUUUUGCUAAAACUGAUGUAUUCCCGAUCGCUCACAACUCGAAAGCUCUCGAAACGAUGUCUCUCUUCUCGGUAUGUCUACAAAUACUUUACUCGAGACAAAAACGCGAAUCUUCUGAGACAUCCUGUACAUAUUAUACAUCCUGCAGAUUGAAAAAAAGAAAGAGCGAAACAUCGAAAAGAGAAAGAUCGAAAUGGCUGCACGUGUAGCACGGAAGCGCAAGGUGAAAACGAGAAACGUGCGCGGAGCGAAGAUGCGCGUCGUUGCUGCUCGCUUUUCUCUGCGAUUAAUUCGAGUGGACUCUGAGAAUCCACCGAGUCCGUCGUGGACCUUUAGCUCGACUGGCGACGGUAGCGAGACAUCGAGUGCAUCGAAGAGGAGAAGGAGUGGUUGCCACGCAACUGCGGCUUUGACCAAGCACGUUGCGGAAUCCGUGCGGCCGUGUGGCCAUCAGCCACCGUGACCGCUGUAUACCGACUCUUUCCGGCGACAGGAGCCUCUCAUCGAUCCCCGAUUCGCGUGUUCCAAUAUUGAUUCGCACGUACACUUUCGGCCACAUGUACGAGACGCGACGUGGCGAGACCGCGAGUCUCCAUGCCGAGAUUCGAAAAGUAUCGCGGAGGCGAUUAUCGUGAAAUCGGAUUACUCGUGUCGCUUGUUCUCUCACGCUUCCUUCCCUCAAGAGGCGUCUCGUGGCCUCUCGAAUCAAUCAGCGUGCGAGAAAAGCCUCGAUGCGACUCUCCAUUGAGGUCUUCGCUAAACUCUGCGUGCAACUCUCGAUCGAGCGGUGAUUUAUGUUUCAUGCACUCUUUUAUUUGUCUUGACUAAACAUUUGUAUUUGAUUUGUAAUUAAAUAUGUUACAAUUAAUUGUGUCCGAAAUGUCACAUCUAAUUUAUAUCAUGGAAUUUCAGAAUUUAACGAUAAUUACGCCCGCAUUCCGACAAUUAUUGCCAAAUGGGAUAAAUGAUAUUACAAAUGGGUGAAAGAUUCGCAGAGAUAUUUAUGUUAAAUCGAGUCCCACUACGUAAUACAUUUUAAAAAUCCAGGCGAAAUAAAAUUUUUUACAUUUGACAUUACUACGUACGGAGGGAAAAACAUUUAUGUGAUAGUGCAGAAUAAAUACAUGAAAGGAUUUUCCAAGGGGGUAUUAAUAUUAAUAGAAGCACAAUCAGCGACAGUAUUUCUGAAGCAAUACGCGGAUUAAAUUCAACCACCGUUUGCGGGAUUCCGAGACUUUGACUGGCGACCGAUGUCUUUGUCAUAAAGCAAAUUAAAUUUCGUAAACGCACGAGAGAUCUCCUCCCGUCGGAAUUAAGUGGAAUAUGUUAUCAGGCAGCGUCCGCGGAGCGUCGGAUGAAAAUAUUCUGCAGCGCGGAAUUAAAAAGAAUUAAAACGGAAUCCUCUUAAUUAAUUCGAAUGUACAGAAAUGCUUUGUUUUCGCUGCAGUGUUCGGUGCAUUGUUUAUGCAAUUUCUCCCGAGUACGGGAGCUGCCGGUAAACAAGACGGGAUAUCACGCGAUGAAAAGUGAAAUUUAUUUUCCUGUUUCCUCGAGAGAGCGCAUAUCUCUAGAUAUAAAGGCGAGCGGUGGACGUUGGUGGAGCGGUGGAGGGUGAGGCUGACCGUGCGUGCAAUUCGUGUAUAGGAGGUGCGCGCGGGCGCAGGAGUAAAUGGCCAGGGUGGCGAUGCGAGCACGUUGUCCUAAUCGAUCAAACCCCCUGCGAGAGGCACGGAACGCAUCCGGUUCAAUUAGCGCUCGCAAUUCGCUCAUUUCGGACGACUGACCAUUCGUCUUUACAUGCGACACUGACUGUCUGCUUCGAGUAUAAUAUCGAGUUUCGCGCAACUCUCUCGCCGACACCCAUAACUCUCUCGUUUACCCUGUAUUGCUGUUCCGUCUGCGUUUUUUACGCCUCACGUACUGCGCUUUUCAUCGAAACACGCGAAAAACGUUAUGGAAAUGCUCGCUUGACCUUUCGUUUCUUUUCGACCGCCCGCGCUUAAAUUAUUCUUGAACGCCGUAAAAAGAUUCGCUUAACUUUUUAGUCACGCGUUUCCAUAUUAUUCCGUAGCAAAAUGAUAAAAAUACAGUUCCGAGAGCUUCUAAUGGAAAAUGAAUACAAUUCAUUCUCGUGUCUGAUUGUAAUGCAUGAUAUUUCAAAAGUGGAUCCAAUUAAAUAACCAUCUGGCAAGAAUCUAUAGAGUUCCUUGACUCCGUCAAUUUUUCAACGUUGGGAAUGGAAGAUAGUACCGACGUUUAAAUAUUUCUUUGUCCUCCAGCCGUGAUCGAUCGGGAAACGCGCGAAUAGCUAUUACAGUCGAUUUGGUGACCGGUUUAAUACACAUUUAGAAACUCGUAAAACGACUUCUUGCGCCCGGGAAGGCGCAUAAUUCAGUACCGACCCGCGUUCGUAACGAUUAAUAAAACUCGGAACUGUCGCGGAAGCGAGCGAAUGGGAGCACGAGCAGGACGACCGGGAAAUAUGAAUAAUGAAUGAAAGAGAGCGCAGGGAAACAUCGCGAGCCGAAAACGCGCGCACGGCUACUCGCGAGAUGCGAGCAAUAUUCCAGCAUCCGCGGCGGAAGGGCGUGAUUAAAAAAGUUUCCAACGACGCGAGUAAUACAAUGGCUCGACCACGCGCAAGAACACUUCUCUUGUCGUCGUCUUCGUCGUCGACCGGAUAAUCAAGUUCCUGUCUCUGGUCCCUUAUUUCCCAGGCAAAAAGAUAGCAACCCCAGACCGAGGGCCGAGGGUGGACGUUUAGUGGUCCUUCCUCCGACAUUGCCUUCCAUCCGCGGCCGGGCACCUCUCCAUUCUUUCUUCUCGCCGAGAAAUCGUGCGAUUCCAGAACGAGACCAGAAACAAAAGCGGAAAGGUCGGGGGACGACAAGGGAUGACGAAGAAAGGUGGUGGGCUGCGACGACACCCCGGUCCCCGGAUCACUCUCAUUUAUCAAGUUAAAUGCGAGGUAUGCCGCAUAAUGCCAACGGCGAGGUUCUCCGAGCGGAUCAUGAAGCACGUAGGGCUCCUGCUCUACACGCUCCUGUUUCGUGAGCGCAUUUUCGCGCACGCCAUGCUAAUCUGACCUGUUCCCUCUCGUAGUAGCAUCAGAUUAACGUGUCGUCGCACACCGACCGAUUCGGCGUUUUGCACGGAAGAAAACGUGCUGCGAGCCCAUUCGGGGUAUCGAUUCAAGAAACGUGUCUUCGAAAUGCGGAAUCGCCCUCGUUGCGGAAAAUAAAGUCACGAGUCGACGAAUCAGAUAGUUUUGAGCUUCCCACGAUAGAACCGGAUGAAAAGCUAUGCAACGAAGAUGCACUCGAGUAUCAAUUUACGAGAGUUCCGUUCUCGUGUAAAUGAAAUUUGCGUAAGUAAGAGACUCAAGAAUCUGAGUUAAUCAUAAUCAUAUAUUUCAAUUCUGACCUGACCCUGAAAAGAAAAAUUGAUCCAAGACUGACUCGCAUGUAUCUAAAUCCGCGUUAAUAGAAUUAAAUUGAGACUCGAGUGCAUCACUUUAAGAGCACAAUUCUUCCCAGCGUUUAGUGCGUAAUUUUAUUGCAUCUCUGCGGAUUAGCAUGUCAUACUCGAAUUGCCGUAAAUCAACGUCUGAGAAUCUCACCCCGUGGAAAAUUUACAGUGGUCUUUCGGUGCGCGGUGAGAGUCCAAUGAAAGUCACUGCAGUGGCUGUUGCGGAAAGGUUGAGGACUCAUCGGAGCGUUCCUCGACUUCCUUGCACGGACGAGCGGGUGAUUUAUGUACAAACGUGAUUGCGAGGCAUCGUAAUAAUUCAAGAUCGCCGGCCGUUCGCGCUUCCGCUUUCCAUUGCGGAGCCGGUGCCGUAUUCUUCAAUACAUUUUCAGCCCGGAGUGGUGCCUGACGGGGGACGGAACGAACACGGAAGUGAACACUGCGCUGCGCAACAACGAGGUGCAUGCAACGCGUGCCUAUCGUCGUUUCUUGGUAUUUCCAUCCACUUUUAUUCUUUACUAUAAUAGCAUCCGACAUGAGAACGCCGUUCGUGACCAGCAAACGAGACUCUCUAUGUGCUCGCGCUCGGUCGGACGUGCUCGUUUUUCCUCUCGUUUCGCUUUUCCUGAGCGUCCGCAGCUCCGCGUACGUGCAGCUGGCUUUAAUUAAAAAUGAGCGGCAUUUUUUCUCAUAUUACGUCAACGGGCUACGUCCGAGGUAAACGUUAUUGUUUCAUUUCUGGCUGUUACUUCGCCGGUCACCUUUACGAAUUGUUCGUGUAUCCGUAACCGCGUGCGAUUUCUAGUCGAGUUUUGUAUGAACGAGACGAUCAUAGAGAACUGUAGUGAUCGUCACGUCAGAUGUAUUCUUCAAAGGGUGCAAGGGCAAUUGUAGGAAUAAAACUCGGAGAUGAAAAAUAUUAAAAUGACAUUUUAGUCCAAAGGCUUUUGCGAAGAAAAAAUUUAUCCUCAUGCAACAAUUGCUUAACACGUUGACUGCCAUCAUACAAUUAGAUGACAUUGCCUCCAAUGCUGUUUUUAUAUCACGUUUCGUCAUACAAGUUUUCUUGCAAUUAUAGGCGAAAAAUGUAAUAACUUUAUGCACGACACAAACGACGAGAGAGCAAAUCAUGCCCUCGACUAUCGUCUUUCCUCUUCCUUUAAUUCUUCCGAAGACAAAGAUGUGCGUGGCAAGAUUGAAUUAAAGAUUGGCACGUCCGGCAAGUUCUCGGGCAAGUGCUCGUGUCUUACACCGAAAACAGUGAUAAACUUGUCAAUUGCGAGCGCAGUAAACGUGGAGGCGUAAUCUCCCGGCUUAAUCUGCCACUUGAGUCGGUUUACAUCAGCAUUUACUGUGGGACAUUUAGACUUCCGCAGAGAGUGCAUCGUUCGACGGGGUCAUCUCCCCGAAGAACGAUGCUACUCAUUACGGAGCAAAAUUAAAUGUCGGCAUAAUUUCCGGUUCCGGUUACGAGCGCAGCGAGGUCGUUACCGCCACGAAUUAGAGUCGCGUUACAAAGCCGACCUGACGAACUCGCUCGACAAAACGGCGCCGUCGACUCGUACUCCCGGAGUACGGGGUUGCUUCGGUCGAAGACGAUACCGGAGUGAUGAGAACGAAAGGGCGUCUGCUCAGAGAGAGAUAAGGGCACCUCCUGCCGUUCCUUCGCGAGUGUCACUUCCGGGUCGCAUAAAAGAGUUCUUCCAUCGCGAUGAGAGUAAUUCGACGCGAACACUCCAGCGGGAGAAAAAAACAUCGGACAACACGAGUGUCAACGUGUUAGCUCCUUUGCGAUCGAAAGAUGAUAAGUCCUGAUAUAUUUGCGACCUCGAUCCAAGCACUUUUAAUCGUUUGACUGCUUUGACAGCGCCUAUAGACGAAAAUGCUCCAAGAAAAUGGUCGUCGUGUGCGAUCGACGCCUACAGGCGCUUGACUUCUUUCUUGGUAGUGACUUAACACCUUUAUCCACCAAGCCAAGCUGUAUUUUAGUUUAAUUGACUUUCCGUUCAACUGGAUUGUUCAGAUUUGCCGUAAUAUGUCUGUAUAAUCAUUUCCAUAAUUUUAUCAAAUCAAAAUAUCAAAUUACAAAUGCAGUUUGUUCAUUACGCUUUACUGUUAUUAUUAAACGGCCAUUAUCUUGCAAAUAAUGUAAAUAAUUGCAUAUUAUAAUAUUAUAUCAUAAUACAUUUAUCACAUGUCAAUCACUGGUGACUGUCAUAGUGAGGAAUGUGUAAAAAUAAUCUUAGCAAUCUGCGUUCUCAAAAUUACGAAAAGAGUUUUAGUACAUUUUUCAUAAUUCAAAUGACCUACAUAAACUCGCAAAAGCGUACCAUGAUGAUAAUCAAUUCAACUGCACACAACGAGCGCUUUGCUUUCGAAUGAAUCGCAGUCAAAGAAUUAAAUUUGGAGCAUGAAAACAAUAACGCAUUAAACGUUUUCGCAUUUAUUUAUCUUCAUACGACUGGCCGAACUUACUCGCUCGGGAGUUUAUGGAGGUUUGUAAAGUAUCUUUAUGCGGUUUUUCUACCAGUGCACCACUGUAACGGAACGGCCGCACAAAAUAUUCGCUAAAGCGGAUCCGCGAGCGCGCACGCGAAAGACAUAUCAGUGAAAACGCAAUUUCAUGCCAGGACGACAACGAUUCUCUGCGAAUCUUUUUGCACGAGCGACGCUCUCGCACUUUUUAAUUUACAGCCUAAAAUGGUCGAAUCAAAAAGCGGAUUGAAUUGCGCACGGUAAUCGAUGUGCGCGCAUCAGUAUUCCACGGCGAGCGCCGCGCCGCGCCGACCGUGCGGAUCCCACUCCGAAGGCUGCAUGAUACCAGGGGUGUGUACGUGUGUGUACAUGUACGUGUUUGUGUGUGAGCUUCAACCGGAGAUUUCAAAUGCACGUUGCGAAGCAAGAGACGGGGAGAAGGCGGGGGGAGAGGAAAAAUCAGAAAAGGAAGAAAAAUGAAUAAUCGUGUAACAGUUAACAUGGAGAGGCGCGAUACACUUACAGCAUCGCGGCGGGUGGUUGCCGUUUUUCAUUCGGAUAGCGGGAUACGCAAAUAAAGGAAGCGGUGCGUGCCGCGGUUUCGUUAUUCCAUCCCCGCAGUGUCGGUGGUGCACAUCCGGAUAAGCCCCAACCGCACCGACUCGCGAAGGAGAUUUCCCGUUAGUCACGAAUCGCCGAGUCGAUACCUGCGAGAAACGUAAUGCAAUUACGCAAUUACUCGGAAGCCGACCGCUCCACGUUGGGCGAGACUGCAGCCCAACAACAGCAGAAAAAAAAAUAAAACGGAAUAAAAUAAAAAAAUAAACUGGAUGUCAAACACGCGUCCGUACGCCUCCGAUAUUUGACGGGUCGAGCAAUGUUCAUUUAUACGGUUCGUCUCCUCUACUUGCUAAUUCCAGUCGUCUUCAUUACAGGCAAUGUUCCUCGUGAUCAGAACCCACCCAACACUGACUGCCGAACGAGACAAGCAAAUGGAAAAAAUAGAAAAAUGUUAGACACUGCCAGACGUUGAUUCGUGCCAUAUUCGACGAAUUCAAUCCGUCUAUCUACGCGACUAAUCAUUGUUUCUACAUUCGAUCAUCUUGACUUGCCGUAACAGGGACGUUGGUCGCGAUUAGAGCGAACAAAUCUUGCCGAAGUCACGGACAACGAGGGAGCAAUACAGGCGAUACAUAAUAAUGCUUGACACAUAUCGAUUGUCGCGGUGAAUAUCAAAAUACGCCAUUUAAUAACACCCAUCAGAAUGGACUCUUGUUUCCGGUCAUCGAUGUUACAAUAGAAUCGAUUGACUGACCUCCUUUCGGUCAGCUGUGUCCUGUCAAUUUUUCGCGUGCGCGAGCCUUCGAUAACUACGCUCGGUACGUGUGUAUUUUUGAUCCGAGAAUCUGACUGGCGAAAUAACAAAAAAAAAGAGAGAGAGAGAGAGAGAGAGGAAAAAGGGAAGAGAAGAGGGCAAAAAGGGACUAAACAAAAAAAGCGAAAAAGAGCACGGGAAGCCACUUGGUUCGUUCAGCGCGCGCGAGUUAGUAUGCAGCGCGAUGCGCCCACGGGAAAGGGGAUGCUACGUGACGAUUUAUAAAAAAGUCGGCGCAUUGUGUGCACCCUCGAGUGCGAGACGUGACGCACCACGACAACUCAGUCGUUCGUUCGUUCGUUCGUUCGCGUUUGAGAGUGCACGAGCAAUUAAUGGCGUUUUCUUCUCGGUUUCGUUGAUCCCCCUCGAAUCAUAUUACUGCCAUGUGUCAAAGACACACACUACUCCGAUCUUUUUCCAAAAGAGAAUAAAUCUUCGCCGUUAAUCCGAUUGCGCGGUCAAUUCUGAUGGUGUCUGUCAUACUCAUAUAACUGAUUUUUCAAAGUUAAAUCGUGCGGUACGUACAUAUAUAAAAUAUUUGUACGUUAUAUCGGAUGUCUCGAAAUUCUGAAAACUCUCCGACUUGUAUUAAUUAACGCAUUGUCUUCGAUAAUGAGUAACAUUCGUGCUACAAAUUAUAGAUUAAAACUCAAAAUGAGACUCUUGAUUGCUUAAUUAAUGUGGGCGCUCUACUUAAUCUAUGUUAAAUAAACACCGUUAUUUAUUUUCUUUAAAUUAUGUAUAAUGUGAUUGCUUGAUUUCUCUUUUGCAUGUACAUUGAAUCUAAUCAACUGAUGAAGAUAAAGUGACAAGCGCUUAUUCAAACACGCAAAUUAACACUUGGACUGCCCUAUCAUCCCUCUACGAGUGACGGAAGUUUAACUUAAAUAGAAAUGAUUUUAUUAACUAUUUAUAGAGCUAUCAAAUGAAAAUAAAAUAUCACUUGUAUAAUAUAUUAAUGUAAGAAACAAGACUAACGUUGUCAUGGGCUCACGCUCGAAAAUGUACUGAACAGUCUAAGCGUUAAAUAGUGACCUUUGACUCGCGCAACGAUGGGGAGAGUAGUAGUAAGGCAAACGGUUAAUAUAAAUAUGGAAACGCGCGUGAUCAACAGGGCGGAACGCGGGUGGUUUCGGGCGAUACAGUUCACUGUUGCGCAUUUCUAAUGGACGGUUCAUAAUAGAGGAAUUAAUGGGGAAUAAUCGAGCGGUUAUCGUUUAAUCAUAUUCAGUUCUGUACAAUAUUCGCAUAAUGAUUAUGCGCGCACGCGGUACGGUGACCGAGUGCGGGCAACCCCUCAGCCUAAUUUCGCUAAUUAAAUCGAUGGACAUGGCACGGCGCCAGGCAUUGAUACGCGCAAUCUGCAUUUUAACGUGCGCACGUCACACCGACGGAAUUUGCCGAUGACGGGAGCUGAAAAACGAAUGAAACGAGCAUCAAAACUACCCCGGUGCGCGACGCGAAGACCAUUUCUGCUCGCCCCAGCGAACGCGUGGACGACGAAGCGGCGAGCGGACUACUUCUCUCGCAUGUAAAUAUGUACUUAAAACUACCGUUUAGUUGUUUAGUUGAUCUCGACAAUACGACGAUCACAUAAUCGCGCGUUUCUGCGAGUCCCCAUUUGUGCGACGGUUCAUUUUGUACGAUACGCCUUUCUGUACAUGUGUGCGUGCGCGUGUGUUGCGUGUGCGUACGAUCCUGACCAAACGCGGUGGCGGUCAGUGUGUGAUGUUAGGAUACUCAAGGGGAGAAGCGUUGGAGAGUAGUGUGUAACGUCGUUAAGCGAACUGUAAUUGAUCGACGACAGAUAGAGAGAGAGAGAGAGGGAGACGAAAAACAGCGCGAUGUUGAAGACAUCAUAGUUAGAUAAAUCGAACGAUAAUGCGACUUAAUGCUACCGAUACCGCGCACAUACCACGUGUCGACAUAAUGCAACUUAUUGUUACUGUAACGUUACCGCCUAGUCGAUGUGAAAAAGGAAGAGAAAGCGUACCCUGUUCGGCUGAGCGGUGGCCGGCGCGUGAACACGCGUGAACUUUUGAGGGACAAUUCUCGCGUGUCCGUGAUCGGGACGAUAAUCGAUCUAGGAAGUUCUCCGGAAACCGAUCAUCGAACUAAAAAAGGAAAGAUGUCCAAAACGUUUCUAUGAUUAAUUAUUUGCAUUUUUUGUACUUCACGAUCUCCGCCAGGUGUGACAUGUGGAACGACUAGUGAAAGUGUUAGAAAAGUUAAACAAGUCUUGAAUGGAGAAAAAGAAGAGCGAGAACAAGAGAGAGAGAGAGAGAGAGAUUCUGGACUUUCCGGAGUGAGGGGGUGCUCCUGCGCUAAUAAUUACCUUCGUAAAUCUCGUCGGGAAGUCGCGGCGUGCAUGACCGCCCGAGAUGAUUGCGCACCAGUCACACAGACCAAGCACAUACUUUAACGUAAUCUUAAAAAAUGCUUCCCCGCGCCUCCGUGUGCCCGCGGAUGCGCAUGUACCUAUAUACGAGCGAGACCGAAAUCGCGUUCGGAUCACUCUCUUCCGAUACCCGAUUUGUCGUCAAAUGCCCGCGAGCACUCAUUAACUUUUUGCGAGCUGAAUGUGAACGCGCGAGUUGUUUUUUUAAUGAUCUGCAACGGUGUUGUCGCGUGAUAAUUACGACGCUCAAUUUCUCUCUUUCCUCCCUCCCUGCUCCCUGUCUCUCACCAUUUCACUCUUUCUCUCUUUUUCUCUCUUUUUCUCCUGUCCCUUUGCUUUUUUUACCCUCUCUGCGUGUCUGUUCGCGAAUUCAUGCACGAAUGAACCGAACGGGAGCUGUACGACCGCGCGGAACGUCAAAAACCCGCAUACGUCCAAAACUUCUGCAGAAGUGCACGAGAAGCGCGCGCAACGCCUCUGCGAUACUCGAGGAUCUGCUUCCUCCCAAGCGACCACUUCCAAUACAAUCGUCUAACGCCCCGGCAUCGAGUCGGGAAACCGUUGUUAGCAUUUAUGUCCGCGUGAUUUCGAAGUAUUCGCGAUCGAAUAGCGAUUAUAUCGGGCUAUCAGCUGAACGUUAAAAAGUAAUAUCCUGGAUUACGAUGAAGGGAACGCUUUAAAUUAAGGGUGCGCGCGUUUAACGGACGUUAAAUUAACCCACUGAAAAUCAGACGAUUUAUCGGAUUGAUCGACGUCGCUUCCGGAACAAUGCAAUUCACGAUGAUUUUCCGCCGCAACUCGGAGUUUUUUAACGCUCAGUUGACACUUGAUGUUCAUUCUUCGAUCCGAAAAAGAGCCAUGUGGAUCGCCUUGUUGUUGAGAAAAAGAAAUCAGUCGACCUCCGAUGAGAGUUAAUAAUAAAAAAUAACGAGUCGACUGACUCCUUCCUGAAGAAUAACGCGCGUCACAUGCUCAGGCAACGCGAUAUUCCGAUAUGCAGUCGUUGAAGAUAUGAACAGUUACACACAACUAGAUUAAUUCACGAAACUCCGCGCAUUGUAAAUAUGUUAAUAUCGGAGACGAGAUCUUCCGGCCAGGAUAUCGCGUGAUCCAAGCGUGAUCGAUCUGGUCUGAUCGAGAGAGAAGAAAUAAGCUUCGUCUGGACUUACUGGUCUCCUUCCCCUCGCGGGGAGCAGACGGGAUCGAAAUUAUAGCUGUGAAUAUGUAAGUAAGCGGGAAAAAUGGCGCACGAGAGUACGGUUUGUCUCGCACUGGGGAGACCCGAACGGAAGAAUCGCCAGCGGGGGAUGACAGGGGAACUUUAAGGCUUUCUCUUUCGCAAAUCAGCUUUCGAAGAUGCGAAAAACAAAUGGGGGAAGAAGAGAAGGGUGACUGGAGUAAGUUACUCGUUGCGAAGAGGGACAAGGGUACUGCGAAUCACGGAUAUCCCGUAGGGGAAAGGGUGGUCGAGGGUGGUUGAAUCGAAAGAAACUCCCUUACGGACAGAAAGACACAUACCAGCGAAGCCUACUCGUGAAAGUUUCACGAAAAAACUUGGCGUAUUCCGUUCGCGAUCGCAACCGCACCGAAAUCCCCGCAAAGGUUGCCCCUGCCCUAUCUACUCCUCGGCAAACCCGGUGCGAGAGGGUAAUAUCUCGGAGGGAGCGUCGAAGGGCCAUCGGCCGAUAAGGGCGUCGUCGUGCGAUCAGUAGCGCGAAAAAAUGCGGUGCAAUUCGAUUUGCGAUCUGAUCUGAUCUGCCGCAACGACGAGAUGAGGGAAGCGGGGGAGGGUUUCGUCUCUCGGUGGAUACUUGCUGGUUAUGCCGAUUUGAAUUUUAAAUCGGAUAUCGUUCGUGUGCGUUAAAUUGUGGAGAACGAUCGGCGAUCGUGAAUGCAUAUAAAAUUGGUAAUCAACCCUCGAACGAUUAAACGAAUCCGAGUGUUGAUAAUGAAUGACGCAUCUCGAUCUCAAAUUCUAGAAGUCCCGACAUCGCAGUAAUGAUCGUCAUAAAAUGUCUUUGCAAAAUAGAUGUGAAAUGACUUGAAUAUUUCGUUAUUACGUUAUCACGUUCUUAAAUCAAUUCUUCUGGAUGAUUAUUUCAUUUGAUUCAAUCUGCUUAAUUCGAAUCUCUUACUUCAUAUUAUAGAUUCAAGAGAAACGAGUUUAUGAAGGUUCCGGUGAAUCUUAACGGACAUUUACAACAUUCACCCUUUCGUAUCCCCGCAAACAGCUGACAGAUCAGGCAGCGCACAUCGACGGCCCGCCACUUCCGCGUGUGGACAUGUGUGAGGCGCGUUAUUAAUGAAUGGCCGUGUAAAUAUUAUCGGAUUACUUCGAUCAUCCUUCACUCGUGCGACAGACUAAGUAGCUAACUUAAGCGUAAGAAAAGGCAAAGUGAUAAGAUAUGUCGUGCGCGCGACAAUGAUGUUAAAUAAGUACUGCGCCGUGUCGCAUUCGCACUAACACGUACACGCAACAUACACACACACACACACACACACACACACACACACACACAAAAAUACAGAGACAGAUGCGAGAAAUGUCCACCCAAACACGCCGGCGUGGACAUACACUUACUGACUAACGCGGGACGAGACAACUAUAAAAGAGAUCAUCUCUGCAUUCAUCAUCGAUCGACUUUACGUUUCCUCGGAUGCGACCUCGCGUCGCGUCGCACGCGGCGGUGUGUAAUGAGUUUCUGUCUGUUUUACAUUCCUAACUUGUUGUGUUACGUUCACACCGUACAUUUAUAGGUAGGCUAAUAUACCUAAUAAGUGUUUCGUCUAGCCUAUGAUGUAUAUUGUAUCUAUAAUCAGAAAUAAAUUAUCGACAGUAAA